GUGUGGGCGUUGAGGUCGGCGUGAUGUCCUGAGAUCCAUCCAGUUGUGUGCACUACUAGUGUGUUACUCUGACUGGAGGAACCUUCCAUGGUAUGGAUGGACGGACCACCAUGUUUUUAACCAUUCACCUGUUACAGGACAUUCGGUUUUUUCCCCCAGUUUUUUGCUAUUAUGAAUAAAGUUGCCAUGAACAUUUAUGUAGUUUUUUGUGUGACUUAAUUUUUUUUCUUUUUUUUUGAGACAGAGCCUCACGCUGUCGCCAGGUUGGAGUGCAGUGGUAUGAUCGCGCGCCACCACACCUGGCUACUUUUUGUGUUUUUAGUACAGAUGGAGUUUUGCCAUGUUGGCCAGGCUGGUCUUGAACUGCUGACCUCACGUGAUCCCGCCUGCCCCAGCCUCCGAAAGUGCUGGGAUUACAGGCGGGAGCCACCACGCCCGACUUACGUUUUCAUUUCUCUGGGAUAAAGGCCCGUGAAUGCAGCUGCUGGGUGGUAUGGGAGUUGCAUGUUGAGCUGUUUUGGUUUAAGAAACGUCCACACCGGUCUCCAGAGUGGCGGCUGUUUUACUUCACAGGUUUUCAUCAGCUCCUUGUGAGACUCUUUGUCCUCACAUCCCUGCCGUUUGGAUUCGUGGGCAGCGGUAUCUCGCUGUGGCUCUAAUUUGCAUUUUCCGAAGGGCAGGUGAUGCUGGGCAUCUUGUCAGGGACGCAUUUGCCAUCUGUGGACCCUCUCAGUGAGGUGUGUCUUUGCAUCCUCUGCCUAUUUUCUAAUUGGAUCGUUUCAUUUUUACUGCUGAUUUUUUGAGACUCGUGUAUUCUUGACAGCAGUCCUUUGUUCUGUGUGUGGUCUGUGGAUAUUUACUCACUCAGUAGCUGUCUUUUCACCCUCCUCGCAGGGUUUUUAGCAAGGCAAACGUUUUUCAUCUUGUCAAGGUCCAGUUUUUCCGUUUUUCGUUUUAUAGACUGUGCUUUUGCUUUUGGUGUCGCCACUCUGUAGAAGUGCUAUUAUUUCACCUUUACAUUAGAUUUGCAUUUCACCUGGGGUGGGGGUCAAGAUUCUUUUCUUUUCUUCUUCUUUUUUUUUUUUUUUUGAUUAUUUUCUGUCACCCAGUCUGGAGUGCAGUGGUGCGAUCUCGGCUCACUGCAACCUCCGCCUCCCAGGUUCAAGCGAUUCUCCUACCUCAGCCUUCAGAGUAGCUGAGACUACAGGUGUGUGGCACCACAACCGGCUAAUUUUUUGUAUUUCUAGUAUAGAUGGGGUUUCACCCUGUUGGUCUCAGACUCCUGAUCUCGAGCAAUCCUUCCCCCUCAGCCUCCCAAAGUACUGGGAUUACAGGUGUAAGUCACUGCACCCGGCCCCAGCACCAUUUAUUGAAGGCUUUUCCACUCCCAGCAAGGUCAUAAAUUGCAUGUCUACACAUGUGUAGGUUUAUUUCUGUUUUGUUUUUGUUUUUGUUUUUUCUGAGACUGAGUCUUGCUCUGUCGCCCAGGCUGGAGUGCAGUGUUGAUUUCGGCUCACUGCAACCUCCACCUCCCAGGCUCAAGCGAUCUUCCCACCUCAGCCUCCUGAGUAGCCGGAACUACAGGGGCGCACCACCAUGCCUGGCUAAUUUUUAAAUUUUUUGUAGAGAUGGGGGUCUCCCUGUUUUGCCUAGGCUGGCCUUGAACCCCUGGGCUUAAGUGAUCCUCCUGCCUCGGCCUCCCAAAUUGCUGGGAUUGUUGGUGUUAGCUGCCUCAUCUGGCAAUUUUCUGGACUUGACUGUAUCCCACUGGUUUAUUUCUCUAUGCCUAAGCCAGUAACUUAGAUCUUACUUACCAAACUGUAUAUAAUAAGUCUUGACAUCUAAUAGUGUAAGUACUUCAAAUUUGUUCUCUUUCAGGCUUAUCCCUAUUGUUCUUGGCCUUUUGUGUUUCCAUAUAAGUGGAGAAUUAGCUUGUGAGUCUCACACUGUUGGGGUUUUGAUUGGGACUACGUCGAAUCUUGGAUGAAUCUGGGGAGAAAUGACAUCUUUUCAGUUCUGGGUUUUGCGACACAUAACUUGAUGUCUCCUCCCAUAUCUUUCCAUAAAGAUAUGGUUGUGGUUUUCUGUGUACAUCUUUUGUUAGGCUUAUUCCGAGGCAUUGAGGCUUUUGGGUGCUAUUCUGUUGUUCAGUUCUAAGUAGGAGUGGACAUCCUCCCCUGACAGCCUCUGUCUUUCCAGGGAAUUUGCUUUGUCUGGGAGGGCAGGAGAGAAAAGGCAAGGGAAGCAGAUUUCUGCAAGCAUCAGAGCCCUUGAGGGAGUGGCUCUGCUAUGUUCAGAGUCACUGGGGCUGUGGGAGCAGGAGGGCAUGGGGCAAGGUGAGGGCAUGGCAGCGAGGGAGGCACUGCAGUGUUGGAGUCAGGGCUUUCAGGAGUGAGCCAGGCAGAGAGGAGGCAAUGGGCAGAGAGUGGGGUAUUGAAUGGAGGUGACAGGUGUGGGCUGCAGUUACUGGUGGUGAUGGAGCACAGUUGGCCAGAAGGUAAGGACACUGGUGUAGAGAAGAGGUCAAGGCUCGGAGGAGAUAGGCAGUCUGCAAAGGUUUGUCCACGAGAACAUUAGACCACCAGGAAUUCGGGCAGUGAUGGGCGGGGGUGAAGCCACAGUGAGGGCCGGUGCUGGGUGGUUGGUGCCUGAUGAUGUGUGCUCCAGCUGGGAUGCUCAGGGAGAGGAGGGGAGGGGGACUCCAGGCCUUAGCCAGGAGCACAGGGGUUGGGGAAGGAGGGCCCUCAGUAGGGAAGACAUAGUGUCGCUGGGGACAGAGCCAUAGGGGAGGGUUUCAGGAUGGAGGGUGGAGAGAGCCUGGAUCAGAAGCCCCCUCCUGGCCUGGUGCAGUGGCUCACCCCUGUAAUCCCAGCACUUUGGGAGGCUGAGGCAGGCGGAUCACUUGAGGUCAGCAGUUCAAGACCAGCCUUGCCAACAUGGUGAAACUCAUUCUCUACUAAAAAUACAAAUAGUAGCCGGGUGUUGUGGCACACACCUAUAAUCGCAGCUACUCAGGAGGCUGAGGCAGGAGAAUCACUUAAACCCAGGAGCCGGAGGUUGCAGUAUUUCAUGCCGACGCAGGUGCUGGCACACGGGUGAGGAGUCGUAGAAGAGAGGUUUGCAGAUUGUGCUCUCAGCAAGCCUGUCGUCUAGUGGAAGACACUGGCUGGGACACAGAGCCCACGUGUGGACACCGCUGUGGGUUGGUGGCAGGGGUCGAGAAGGUGCCAUCAGGCACAUGAACGGUGGAGUCUUCACAGGUGUGAGCAGCUGCCGGAAGGGGAGGUGCUCCUGAAGACACUGCGGCCGGCCCGCCUGUACCCUUCGUGCCCUGGCUGCCUAGAGAGCCUCACCCCGGGCCCUGGGGCCAGGACUCCAGGACUCUGACCACCCGCCCUCCCCCAGCCUCAGCGGCUGCACCUCCCCAUUAGUAGUGAUGUACUGACCUUGGCACAUAGCUGGGAGGGGUUGGGGGGCUGGGCCAUGGCUGCUCCCAGGCCCCACCCAGGCUCCUGAGCCUAGAAGGUGAAAAGAGGACGCUCAGGAUUCACAAGAAGCCUAGAAGGUGGAAAGAGGACUCUCAGGGGUUCACAGGGGCUCUCACUGCUGAUUGGCCCUGCCCUCCCUUCCCCCUCAGCAAGGUGCCAGGAAGCUGGAACCUUGUUAUCUGGGUAAUUAGUUUCAGACCCUGGACUGAGGCCGGCCAGGUCUCGGGGCUGCCUCCCCUAGGUUGUGCACCCUGACCCUGAGAGGGAGGCAAGGCACUGCUGGUCGACAGCUAGAGGCUGGCCUGGGGAGCAGGUUUGGGGUGCCCUCCCACACUGCCCUCCCUGCCCUGGCCCGUGCCCCCCAGGGCUGCCUGGGCCUGGUUAUUGUGUGGGGCCUCCUGACCCAGCCAAGGGCACAGAGCUUUGGGAAGGGGAUGCCCCCGAGGGUGCCAGUCCAGCCAGCUGCCCCACCCCUCAGGCCCAGCCUGGCCCCCAAGAUCCCCAUUCUGGUGCCCCAAGCAGCCCUGUGGGCAAGCAGCCGCCGCCAUGGCCGAGCACCUGGAGCUGCUGGCAGAGAUGCCUAUGGUGGGCAGGAUGAGCACGCAGGAGCGGCUGAAGCAUGCCCAGAAGCGGCGCGCCCAGCAGGUGAAGAUGUGGGCCCAGGCUGAGAAGGAGGCCCAGGGCAAGAAGGGUCCUGGGGAGCGUCUCCGGAAGGAGGCAGCCAGCCAAGGGCCUCUGAAGCAGGUCCUCUUCCCUCCCAGUGUUGUCCUUCUGGAGGCCGCUGCCCGAAAUGACCUGGAAGAAGUCCGCCAGUUCCUUGGGAGUGGGGUCAGCCCUGACUUGGCCAACGAGGACGGCCUGACGGCCCUGCACCAGUGCUGCAUCGAUGAUUUCCGAGAGAUGGUGCAGCAGCUCCUGGAGGCUGGGGCCAACAUCAAUGCCUGUGACAGUGAGUGCUGGACGCCUCUGCAUGCUGCGGCCACCUGUGGCCACCUGCACCUGGUGGAGCUGCUCAUCGCCAGUGGCGCGAAUCUCCUGGCGGUCAACACCGACGGGAACAUGCCCUAUGACCUGUGUGAUGAUGAGCAGACGCUGGACUGCCUGGAGACUGCCAUGGCCGACCGUGGCAUCACCCAGGACAGCAUCGAGGCCGCCCGGGCCGUGCCAGAACUGCACAUGCUGGACGACAUCCGGAGCCGGCUGCAGGCCGGGGCAGACCUCCAUGCCCCCCUGGACCACGGGGCCACGCUGCUGCACAUCGCAGCCGCCAACGGGUUCAGUGAGGCGGCUGCCCUGCUGCUUGAACACCGAGCCAGCCUGAGCGCUAAGGACCAAGACGGCUGGGAGCCGCUGCACGCCGCGGCCUACUGGGGCCAGGUGCCCCUGGUGGAGCUGCUCGUGGCGCACGGGGCCGAUCUGAACGCAAAGUCCCUGAUGGACGAGACGCCCCUUGAUGUGUGCGGGGACGAGGAGGUGCGGGCCAAGCUGCUGGAGCUGAAGCACAAGCACGACGCCCUCCUGCGCGCCCAGGGCCGCCAGCGCUCCUUGCUGCGCCGCCGCACCUCCAGCGCCGGCAGCCGCGGGAAGGUGGUGAGGCGGGUGAGCCUAACCCAGCGCACCGACCUGUACCGCAAGCAGCACGCCCAGGAGGCCAUCGUGUGGCAACAGCCACCGCCCACCAGCCCGGAGCCGCCCGAGGACAACGAUGACCGCCAGACAGGCGCAGAGCUCAGGCCGCCGCCCCGGGAGGAGGACAGCCCCAAAGUGGUCAGGCCGCAAAAUGGCCGAGUAGGGGGCUCCCCAGCACGGCAUCUGUACUCCAAGCGACUAGACCGGAGCGUCUCCUACCAGCUGAGCCCCCCGGACAGCACCGCCCCCCACGCCCUGGUCCACGACAAGGCCCACCACACCCUGGCUGACCUGAAGCGCCAGCGAGCUGCUGCCAAGCUGCAGCGACCCCCACCUGAAGGGCCCGAGAGCCCUGAGACAGCUGAGCCUGGCCUGCCUGGUGACACGGUGACCCCCCAGCCUGACUGUGGCUUCAGGGCAGGUGGGGACCCACCCCUGCUCAAGCUCACAGCCCCGGCGGUGGAGGCUCCUGUGGAGAGGAGGCCGUGCUGCCUGCUCAUGUGAGGCUGUUGCUCAGCAUGCAGGGGCCUGUCCCGGGCACAGCCCAAGGCUGCCUCCCCACGGUUCGUGCCCUGGUGCUGCAGGUGCAGCACAGAAACCCCGGCUUCUACUGUGCAGGACGCUGGCACCUCUCAGGGCAGAAGACAUGCCUGGAGGGAUGUCUGGCUGCGAAGACUAUUUUUAUCCUGCAACUCUUGAUAAAGGGCUGCUUUGCCAUGGA